AUGAAGACAGCUUCCUCUUGCGUAGAUACGCCAGCAGCAGCAGCAGCGCAGCAGCAGAAGCCCCCAACAGAAACCCUAACCACGACCCCUCCAGGCCCUCUUCUGUCUCCUCGAGAUCAGCACCACCAACAUAUGCAAAUGCUGCAGCACAAAAGGAGACAACAAGCAGCAGCAAGCUGCAGCAACAUGUCGUUAGAAAGAGACAGGAGGCAGCAAACUGCAGCAGCAACUGCAGCAGCAACAGCAGCAGCAAACUGCAGCAGCAAGCUGCAGCAGCAAGUUGCAGCAGGAAACUGCAGCAGCAACAGCAGCAGCAAACUGCAGCAGCAACAGCAGCAGCAAGCUGCAGCAGCAAGCUGCAGCAGCAACCGAUGCUAUGUCGAUGCUAGGACAAGGACAGCAGCUGCAGCAGCAACAGCAGCAACAGCAGCAACAGCAGCAACAGCAGCAGCAGCAGCAGCAACAGCAGCAGCAGCAGCAACAGCAGCAACAGCAGCAACAGCAGCAACAGCAGCAGCAGCAGCAGCAACAGCAGCAGCAGCAACAUGA